AAUUACUGUAAAAAGCAAUGCAUUCAACAAUAAUAACAAUAAGUGUCGACUCAUUCAUUGACUCUAAUAAUUAAUUGAUGAGUCAAUGUUUGAUAGCAUUGGAUCAGUGAUUGAAAUCAUUAUAUAAUACAAUAAAUAACAAUAAAAAAGACAAUAAACUGUUAAUUAAUUAUUAAGUGUUAAGUAUUGACCAAAAGAUUGUCAUUAAAAUAAAAUGUUGUUAUUAUUGUUAACAAUAGUGUUGUUUAUAGUGUUUUGUUUGACUGUGUUUUAUGCGUUACAAUACUUUGGUUUGUUUGAGUCAAUUGAAGUGAGUGUGGGUUCGCCUCCCUAUGCCUUCGGUGGUCAACCCGUGGCCUACAAGAAACAAAGGGGUUGUUAUUCAGACGCGUCGCAUAUGUUUACCGAAGUGGUGUCAUUAGUGCCCAAACUGUACACUUUCGGCAUAUACUUGGAUGUGCCCAACGAUGACAACCGCAACAAAUGCCGGUAUUUGGUCGGAGUCCUACUCAAUGCCGAUUCCGAAGAUUUUGAGUCCAAUAAAUUGCUUUUAGAGAGCAAAGGCUAUACUUGUGGUCAACUGCCAGAUGUCGAUCAUGUGGUGCAUACAGUCUUUCCCUUUCGUUCAGUCAUAUCAGUGGCCAUUGCCAUCAAAAGAGUUUAUCCCGUCAUUCAAUCAUAUAUUAUCGAACAUAAUCUUUGUGCUCAUCCGGCGAUUGAAGUAUACGACGAUAAAAAUAUUAAUUUUAUGUAUCCUUUGGCCAAACAAAACCAAUUCUACCAUUUGUAUGGUGAAGAUGCUAAUGAAGACAAUGAAGAUGACAGUGACGACGAUAAUACCGAAGAAGACGAUGACGAACCAGAAGAGGAUAAAAUAAUUGGUAAGACUUCACAAAAUGACGACAACGACGGUAUUCAUAUGAGAUUAAGAAGUUCUAAGUCGAAGAAAAGCUCAAAUAGCAGUACCAGCUCUUCAUUUGAAGAAUUGGUUGCUGAAGACUCUUAAAAAGAUAAUCUUAGAAUUACAAGAGUUUUCAUAAAUUUAAACAAUUCAUUCCCCAAACACUGCAAAUGGUUAUUAAAUAUGCGGCUCUUUCUCUCUUUUCUUUACAUAAAUUGU